UACGUGGCAGCCGCCGGAGCCGCCGACUAGCAGCGAGGCCGGCCGCGGGGCACUUCCUGUGGAGGCCGCAGCGGGCGCGGGUGCCGACGGGCCGGGCGCCGAGCGAGCGAGCGAGCCGAGUCCCCCGCCGCCGCCAUGGGCCAGAACGACCUGAUGGGCACGGCCGAGGACUUCGCCGACCAGUUCCUCCGAGUCACGAAGCAGUACCUCCCCCACGUGGCGCGCCUCUGCCUGAUCAGCACCUUCCUGGAGGAUGGCAUCCGCAUGUGGCUGCAGUGGGGCGAGCAGCGCGACUACAUCGACAGCACCUGGAGCUGCGGCUACCUGCUGGCCUCCUCCUUCGUGCUCCUUAACCUGCUUGGACAGCUGACUGGCUGCAUCCUGGUGUUGAGCAGGAACUUCGUGCAGUAUGCCUGCUUUGGGCUCUUUGGAAUCAUAGCACUGCAGACGAUUGCCUACAGCAUCUUAUGGGACUUGAAGUUUCUGAUGAGGAACCUGGCUCUGGGAGGCGGUUUGCUGCUGCUUCUAGCCGAGUCCCGUUCUGAGGGGAAGAGCAUGUUCGCGGGCGUCCCCACCAUGCGGGAGAGCUCCCCCAAACAGUACAUGCAGCUGGGAGGCAGGGUGCUGCUGGUCUUGAUGUUCAUGACCCUCCUUCACUUUGACGCCAGCUUCUUCUCGAUUCUGCAGAACAUAGUGGGCACAGCUCUGAUGAUUUUGGUGGCCAUUGGUUUUAAAACCAAGCUGGCUGCUUUGACUCUCGUUGUCUGGCUGUUUGCUAUCAACGUGUAUUUCAACGCCUUCUGGACCAUUCCCAUGUAUAAGCCCAUGCAUGACUUCCUGAAGUACGACUUCUUCCAGACCAUGUCAGUGAUCGGAGGCCUGCUGUUGGUUGUGGCCCUGGGCCCCGGGGGCGUCUCCAUGGAUGAGAAGAAGAAAGAGUGGUAACAGACCCCUCCCCUGCCCAGCUGACCCCUGGCCAUUGAGGACUGGCUCUGGGUGGAUUCGACAAAACUGCCAGCAUUUAUGUAUCCUCUUCCCUUCCCUCCCUUGGUAAAGGCACAGAUGUUUUGAGAACUUUAUUUGCAGACAACUGAACAUCGAUGGCUAAGCCUGCUCUGGACCCACCAGCUGGCAUCUGGCCGUUCAGAGCCAGCCAGCCGAGUCGGUACCUGCCCCCCAGGGCAAGGCCUUGGCUUCUGGGACUGAGUGGCUCCAUUGGCCGUGGCCUCUCUGUCCUGUUUUUGUCUUUUGGGGGGUGGGGGGCCUUCAGGCUGUACUGUGAGCAGAUACAGUUGUGUAUCAUUCAAAGUGGUCUCCCUCUUAUUUUUUUAAGUUAACCAUUUUUACUUAAAACAAUGAUUUGGGAUUGCCCAGCCCAACAUCACACAGUCAAACUCUGGUUUAAAACUGCACCAAUGGCUUCCACGUUGUUUCUGCCCUGCAUUAUAUUUAGAGGGCCAGGGGAAAACGUUUAGAGACCGAAACCCAAAGAACAAGGCAGUAUUAGAGGGGCAGUUGAGGCGCCAUUUUAUGGGAAAUUCAUUGAUCAGAAAGUCAGCACAGGUUUUUAUGGGGUCGUAUCCUGGGAGCCUUAGCAACUCAAGGUGGGGACGGAAGGGCCAGAAGUCCUUGGGAAGCGCACCCUGGGCCCGGAGGGACCUGCGUGCUGCCCCAGCCUGGUGCAUAGCUGCCAGCCGGCCGUGCAGCUCCACGUGGCCGGCUCGGGAGGAGCAGCUGCCGCCCUGGGGCAGUGUGGUGACGGACCCCCGACCAGUUACCUCAUGCUGGACCUUUCCCCGGAGCCACGGCUGAAACCCCGGACAGGACUCCAGCCUGGCCUAGUGCCCGCCCGGCUCCUCUCGGCUUCAGGGGCUUCUCCCAGGCUGCGUGGCCUUCACUUCGUUUUCAGGAGGCUGUUGCUUGCUCGGAUUGUCUAUUUGCUACGCUGAGUGCAGCCCAAAUUACUUUCUAUGGUUUGUGAUGCCUUACUGGUUGGAUCUUAAACCUGUAUUUAAAGUUUUCUAACAUUGCCUUACACUGCGUCUCUCUUCUUGGGGGCGUGAGCGCUUGCGGCAGUUCUCCGCUUGCCUGGGUUGUAGCACAUGCCGUGAGGGGAGUCGGACAUCUCUGUGCCUCCCACUGGUCCCCCCAGACCCUUAUGGGGAAGACCAGCCUGGUAGGCCAACCAGACUCGGGCGAGGACUGCCUCAGGGCUUGUCUUUCCUUCUCUGGCUUCAUCAGCUAGAUGUGCAGGCCCAAAGCCUGUCCCCGGGGCUGCUGGGACCUGUCCAGAGCCAGGGAGAGGUGGGGAACCUCUCCGGUCCCGUUAAGCUUGCAGGCGGGGCUGAGGCCGGCUUUGGCUCACCGGUGCUCUUAGAACCUUACCUGGUUCUGAAGCCUGGGCCCACUAACCCGAGGAGUACAGUGGUGCACCCCUCCACACACCACCUUGUGCUCCAGCCCCAGUGAGGCUCACCCCAAGGUGUUCCUACCCCCUCCCCCGAUGGCCCACUGCAGGCCUCUGGUAUUUAUAAGAUGAAGCUGGGGGUUGAGGACAGAGGGCUUUUCCACUUCUGAUUACUCAGAUGCCCAUUGCAAAGGGCGGUUUCCUACUGUCAGUGUCAGCAGACAUCUCUUGGUCGUCCCCCCCCACCGCCACCACUUCCCACUAACACAGCGUGACAGCCCUACAGAACGUCCCUCUCCGCCAAGCCCGGGUUUCUCUGCGGCACUGUUUCUGGCAGGGUAUGUAUGGGUCCCCCUCAGCCCAGGCCUUUGUUGCUUUGUGGAAACGGACUGACCCGGGGGCCGAGGGGCGUGGUGCUCACCAGGCACCCUGGAUGUUGGAAGUGGGUGCCACCUCCCCAGCCCUGAAUGGGCUCACUCAGCCCUCCCCAGCCAGUGCCCAGGAAUGGGGUAGAUGCUUUGUGGGGAGGAGAGGAAAAGAUGAUCUACCAGUUGUUUUUGGCAAGAUAAUUUCUGAAAAUUUUCUUGCUUUAUGUGGGAAAUAGGUAUAAAUCUUCAUUUUAUGCUGUAUUUUAUAUCUUAGUUGUGUUUGAAAACGUUUUGAUUUUUGGAAACAUCAAAAUAAACAAUGGCAUUUGUUGUA